AUGCCUCUCUCAUCACAAGCAGUCAACGAAAUCAAAGGCAUCGUAGACAAUGCCGUCACAACCUCCUCCACCGGCAUCCCCGGAACAACCGUAGUGGUCAUCGACCGCACCGGCACCGAACAAUUCGCCCAUGCCGCCGGCACCCGGGGCGUCGACUCUUCGGAGCCCAUGACCCUGGACAGCGUGUACUGGAUCGCCUCGUGCACGAAAAUGGUGGUCGGCAUCGCGUGCAUGCAGCUCGUCGAGAAGGGCCAGCUGAGCCUCGACGACGCGGACCACCUGGAGAAGCUCUGCCCGGAGCUGGCCGACAUCAAGGUCCUGACGCCCGAGGGCAAGCUCGUUGACAAGAAGCGCGGCAUCACGCUCCGCAUGCUGCUGACGCACACGGCUGGGUUCGGGUAUACUUUCUUCAGCGAGCGGCUGCGCGAUUGGAGUCUGCCAGCGGGGAUUGAUGAGUUCUCGGGAAGUGUGAGGGAUAUGGUGCAGCCUUUGUUGUUCCAGCCGGGUGAAGGCUGGGAGUAUGGCGUCGGCAUUGACUGGGCUGGCAUCGCCCUGGAGCGGGCCACGAACAUCAGUCUGAACGACUACAUCCAGGCCAACGUCUGCCAGCCUCUGGGCCUCAAGAACGUCAACAUGAUUCCGACACCCUCGAUGAAGGCGCAGUUGGCGUACAUGCACUACAAGAGGCCCGACGGCAAGUUGGUUCACAGAGACCACCCUCUCCAUCGCCCAUUGAUCGUACAGUCAGAGGAGGAGAUCCGCGCCUGCUUCAACAGCGGCGGCGCCGGCAUCUUUGCAAAGCCUCAAGAAUACACUCGCAUCCUGGCAGUCUUCCUCAACGACGGGACCUGUCCCAUCACAAAAGCCCAAAUUCUCAAAAAGGAGACGGUAGACGAAAUGUUCUCCAACCAAAUCUCAAAGUUCCCAGACUUUGCCCGGCAGGGCGUUCAGGCUGCGAAACCGGAGCUGACCAACGGGAUCCCGGAGCUCUACCCGAUCCCGGGCAACCCGCCGCAGGGCUGGGGCCUGACGUUCAUGAUCACGGGCGGGCCAACGGGGCGCUCGAGCGGGACGGCGUGGUGGGCUGGGCUGCCGAACCUGUUCUGGUGGUGCGACCGGGAGAACGGGGUGGCCGGGAUCGUGUGCUCGCAGAUUCUGCCGUUUGGCGACGCUUCGGUCAUGGGGCUCUGGGCGCAGGUUGAGGCUGCUGUGUAUAAGGGGCUGAGUGCGUGA